CUGCACAGCUGCAAGUCUACAACAAAAAAUGUGAAUGGAAAAUGCAAAACAACCACCGCCAAAACACAACUAACAUUUAAGUCUCCCCAUUUCCCACUUCCCCACCCCCAAUCUCCUCCGCCCCUCUACACAUUUAUUUAUUUAUUUAUAUCCCAAAGAUAUAGAGAGGUAUUUGAAGAUCUCAUAUUUGGCGGUGGAGAUGGAGAUAGAGGGCGGCGCGGCGAGAGGCGGAGGAGGCGGGAGGGGGGACAUCGAGAGCGGGGGGAUGGCGGUGGCGCCGCCGCUGCAGAGGAAGGGAGGGGUGGCGUACCUGGUGUGGGAAGACUUGAGGGUGGUCCUCCCGAAUUUCGGGCAGGCCGGCCCAACUAAGAAAUUGCUUCAUGGGAUCAGUGGGUAUGCCGAGCCCGGUAAGAUCAUGGCCAUUAUGGGCCCGUCUGGCUCCGGCAAAUCCACACUUCUUGACUCCUUAGCAGGUAGGUUGUCUAGUAACGUCGUCAUGACGGGUGAUAUUCUUCUCAACGGUAAAAAGAGGCGUCUAAGCUACGGCGUUGUCGCUUACGUGACACAAGAAGACGUGUUGUUGGGGACCGUGACGCCGCGAGAAGCCAUCACAUAUUCAGCCAAGCUGCGCCUUCCGACAACCUUAACCAACGAGGACAUAAAGGGAAUCGUGGAGGGGACGAUCCUAGAAAUGGGGCUGGUGGACUGCGCCGAUAGGGUGGUGGGGAACUGGCAGCUGAGGGGGAUAAGCGGCGGCGAGAAGCGGCGGCUGAGCAUCGCCCUAGAAAUCCUCGUGCGGCCCCACAUCCUGUUUCUCGAUGAGCCGACCAGCGGCCUCGACAGCGCAUCGGCUUUCUUUGUCGUUCAAGCCCUCAAAAACAUUUCCCGGGACGGGAGAACGGUUAUCUCUUCUAUUCACCAGCCCAGCAGUGAGGUCUUUGCAUUGUUUGAUGACCUCUAUUUGCUCUCCGGUGGAGAAACGGUUUAUUUUGGAGAGGCCAAGAAUGCUGUUCAGUUUUUUGCGGAAGCAGGAUUUCCAUGUCCAAGUAGAAGAAACCCGUCGGACCACUUUCUAAGGUGUAUCAAUUCAGACUUUGACAUUGUGACAGCAACAUUGAAAGGCUCAAUGCGACUCCGUGAAACAGAUAAGAGCGAUUAUCUGAUGAAUAUGGCGACAGCGGAUAUCAAGGCUAUGCUUGUCGAAAAGUUUAGAAGAUCGGAAUAUGGCGCAAGGGCGAGAUCAAGGCUUCAAGAACUCUCUAGAACCCAAGAUAUUGAAAUAGAGACGAUUAAGGGAAGCCAAGCGGGAUGGGUGAAACAAUUGGUGACAUUGACUCAAAGGUCAUUUAAGAACAUGUCACGGGACCUCGGAUAUUAUUGGUCGCGCAUAAUCAUAUAUAUAAUUGUUUCUGUAUGCGUCGGAACCCUAUUUUUUAGGGUUGGCACCAGCUACACCGCUAUCUUGGCUCGGGGAGCUUGCGGUGGAUUCAUCACCGGAUACAUGACCUUUAUGUCCAUCGGAGGCUUCCCUUCGUUUGUAGAAGAAAUGAGGGUGUUUACCAAGGAAAGGCUAAAUGGACACUAUGGGGUUGGAGCUUUCGUAUUGGCAAACUUCUUUUCGUCCUUCCCAUUCUUAGUAGCAGUUUCAGUGCUCACGGGGACGAUCACUUUUUACAUGGUAUUCCAGGCCAGCUUUUUGCAAUACGUUUUCUUCUGCCUUAAUCUCUUUGGAUGCAUUGCCAUGGUCGAGAGCUGCAUGAUGAUCGUCGCCUCCCUUGUUCCCAACUUUCUUAUGGGUAUCAUCACCGGUGCCGGAGUUUUGGGAAUUAUGAUGAUGACGGCGGGAUUUUUCCGCUUGUUGGAUGACCUUCCGAAGGUGUUUUGGCGCUACCCGAUUUCGUACAUAGGCUAUGGGGCAUGGUCCCUCCAGGGUGCGUACAAGAACGACAUACUUGGACUUGAAUUCGACCCGUUGUUUCCCGGGGGAGACAAGAUGAAAGGAGAGGACGUGAUACGAAACCUUUACAAGAUACCACUUGACCACUCCAAGUGGUGGGAUCUCGUUGCCUUGUUUAGCCUCAUCGUGGUGUACCGGCUCGUGUUCUUCCUCGUCCUCAAGGCAAAGGAACGCGUGUUGCCCUUCUUCCGGUCGGUGCGCGCGAAGCGGACGUUGCACCGGCUCAGCAAGCGCCCUUCGCUCAUAAGAAGACCGUCCGUGUCUUCUAGAAGGUACCAGAACAUCCGCUCGUUGUCUUCGCAAGAGGGCCUCAGUUCUCCACUCCCAUAGACUCACUAGUUGUGUUCAUAUCAUUAGGUAUAAUCCUUGGUGAAGAAAAAAAAACAUUGGUUUUUUGUUGUUAUUUUUUAUAAUCACUCUUGGUUUGAUCAAGUUGGUGAGUUGCUUCUGUUGUAAUAAGUUUUUUUUAGUCAGGUGUUCACUCACAUUUGAAAGACUGUAAACCAUAGUUUCCUCACAAAAAUUAUCAAUACACUUCCUUUAUUAUUCUUGUCAUUUUUUAGCACGUUUUUUUAAUACAAGAUAAAGAAGUAUUUGAUUU